CCGUCCUGCUCUGCCGUCCUGCUCUGCCGUCCUGCUCUGCCGUCCUGCUCUGCCGUCCUGCUCUGCCGUCCUCCUCUGCCGUCCUGCUCUGCCGUCCUGCUCUGCCGUCCUGCUCUGCCGUCCUGCUCUGCCGUCCUGCUCUGCCGUCAUGGAGAGUCUGGAGAAGCAGCUCAUCUGUCCCAUCUGUCUGGAGAUGUUCACCAAGCCCGUGGUCAUCCUCCCCUGUCAGCACAACCUGUGCCGUAAGUGUGCCAACGACGUCUUCCAGGCAGCCAACCCCUACCUGUCCACCAGGAGCGGCUCCACGGUGACCUCAGGGGGGCGUUUCCGCUGCCCGUCCUGCAGACAUGAGGUGGUUCUGGACCGACACGGCGUGUACGGGCUGCAGAGGAACCUGCUGGUGGAGAACAUCAUCGACAUGUACAAACAAGGCAGCAGCAGGUACCCAGGAACUCCUGUCUGUGAGUCAGAACCGGUUCAGAGAUCCAGAACUCUGACCUGCUGCCAGAACAUCUACAGGAAAAGAAGGCCUGAUGUUCUGGCAGAAGAUGAGGGUGAAAGGUCAGAGACAUGGAUGAACAAAGAGAUGAACCCAUGCGCUCUGUGUGUGCUUGCCAUGCAGGCUGAGCUGACGGACUGCAUCUCCAUGCUGGUGGGGAACAACGAGAGGAUCCAGGCCAUCAUCAGCCAGCUGGAGGAGACCUGCAGAGCCGUGGACGAGAACGGCCGGCGGCAGAAGUCAAAGGUGUGUGAGACAUUCGACCACCUGUUCACUCUGCUGGAGGAGAAGAAAGCCGAGAUGACGGUCAGGAUCAACAGCGAGCAGGAGGAGAAGCUGGACUACAUCCGCAGCCUGAACAGGAAGUAUGGAGAACAUCUGGAGGGAACUGCCAAGCUGGUGGAGACGGCCAUCCAGACCAUGGAGGAGCCAGAGAUGGCCGUUUUCCUUCAGACAGCCAAGCCUCUGCUGCAGAAACUGCUCACGUCCACAGACACGUCUCACCUGGACCAGGUCCAGCCCGGCUACGAGGACAUGGGCCACUUCACCGUGAACUUUGAUCUGCAGCGGCGGGCGCUGGCCGAGGUCGACUUCAUCAAAGGCGAUGAAGACGACGAUGACAGCGAGGAGGAGGUGGAGGCAGGAGGACCCAGACCGGGAUCCUCCGAGUCACAGCCACAAGCCACGCCGGUGCCGCCCCUAGCCACGCCUCUUCAGAGAGCCCCAGAUCCCCUCCCACCGCCACCACCCACUCAAGCCCCACCCCCACUGCCUCCCCCCACCACCAGCUCCGCCCCUCAGACGGAUCAGCAGAGCGAGUCGGACCCAGAUGGACCCAAACACGUCUUCUCCUUCAGCUGGCUCAACAACAAGUAGGAGAACCAGGAGGUUCCUGAGGAACCCUGGAGAACCUGGAUCAGUCAGAACUGGACCUGCUGCUUUGUUUAGGUUAGAGGCAGCAGAACCAGAAGGUUCUGAAGAACUUCAGAGGAACCUGGGUCACCAUGUUGUUACAGUGA